AUGCGCGGCGUGACGAGUCCCUCCUGCAGCGAGCCGCCGGUGGUGCCAUUCGAUGAUGACGACGACCCCAUCGAGGCCGCCGCUUCCGACAUGCUCCACUCGCGAUCGCGCCUUGCGGGAGUGGAGGUCCGCAGGCUCAGGAUGGAGGAGCGGAGAGUGGUGCUGGCAGAACCGCGGCCAGACGGGAUAUCGCCCACGGUGCCCAUUGCACCGCCGGCCAGCGACGACCCAUUUGAGCUCGGUGACUUCAUGGCCACUCCGGCACGCCGUGCUCCCGACCAGCCGAGCGGGGCCAAGGAGCCGCCGCCGCCGCCACCGCUGCCUCCCUACGGCGGGAUCGUCCGCGGGGACGACAGCCCGAUCAGUACGAGGCAGUGCCUGAGCCUCAUCAACCGCCAGCCGCGGCUGCGUCUAGUGCAGCUGCCGUCCUCCCCGCCGCUGCUGUGGUGCCCGACGCCACGCGCGGGCACCACGACCACCGAAGGCCUCUUUGCGCACGUGUUCAACCGCACGCGCUGCCGGACGUGUGGAGCGUUCCAGUUUUCCGACGUCCUCGUGCAGGAUCUCACCCCAGCGGAGCACCAGCGCGUGUGCAUGCAGCCCGGCGUGAGGAGCUUCACCACGAUCCGCAACCCAUUUGACCGUCUCAUCUCAGCCUUCAUCUGCAAGGUCGUGCUCGCGCAGGCGCCAGCCAAUUGUGGCGGCGGCGGGGACGCCAGCCUAAUGGUUCGGCGCGAGACACCCGGCAGGCGCGGCGCCAGGGUGGUGGAGGACGUCUCGUUUGAUCAGUUUGUCCGCACGAUUGUGCGGCGAGGAGCCAGCGCGCUGGAGGCCAACGUUCACUGGCGGAGCGCGAGUGCGCUCUGCGGCCCAGAGUCGAUGCCGUAUUCCCUCGUUGGCCGCGCGGAGUCCCUGGAGGAUGCCCUCGCCACCGUUGGCCGGUGGCUGGGCUGGCCGAGCCAGUGGGUGGAGGAGGCGAUGGUCCGCGAGUGGAGCAACCCCUGCGCCAAGGACGAGUUUUGCUCGGAGAGGUACCUGGCGCGCUUUGUCAAUGCGACGCGGCUGGAGACGAGGCAGCGCUUCUUCUCGGACCCACAGACGCGCGCGCUCGUGGAGGCGGCCUACGCCGCCGACCUGGCGCUCGGGGGGUACGACUUCUCGGACGGUGGAUGA